UGUUGCUCAGAGAUGUGGAGGCAGUUGCUAAGAGACAGUGAAACGUCAGUACCUGGCCCUCGAGGAAAAAAAGGGAGCGAAAAAGGGAGAGAGGAGGGGGGAGAGAGGAAAGGAAGGCGGAGGGAGGGGAAGACCUGGCGGAAGCCACAAACCCGAGCAGCCUCAGCACCAGCUGAGUUUCGGAAAGAAGCAUUCGGAUUCUGUGAACUUUCUUCUAAGCAUCCUCGCUCUGAUUCCCCUUUUGAGUCAAAAAAGGGGAACUGGCCAGGCACCAGGAGCACAGGACAGGAAACCACCAAGGAUGCUGCCCCGGGAUCCAGGAGCCAUGGAGGAGGAGAGGCCGGGGGAGGGGAAGUGCCGGGGAGGCAAUCUGUUCUCCUGAAGCAGCAAGCGGGAUUCCAGCCUGACGGAGGGAGACCCAUGUCUGCUGCAGAUUGAUGGCUGUGUCCUUGGAACAGAAGGGAAUUCUGCCCCCGCCUGCUGAACACAGAGCUGGGCUGGGAGAGAGGCACGGGCUCAGGAGAAGUCGCCAAAGCGGUCCUAGCUGAUCCCCCAUCCUGCACCUCCAGGACACAUGGCUCUUUCCAGCCUUGGCAGGCAACAGUGUGUGUCCCUCAGGGUCCUCCCCAACCUGGGGAAAGAAGAGCCUUCUUGGGGAUUUCAGUAGAUGCUAAGGCUGAGGACUCGGGCUUCCAGGAGGCCCAUGGAGACCCACUCCCCGCCAGGCUCCCUUCCCAAAACACCCACCCCAGGACCCCCUUGGACUCGAGCCCCCUGGGCCACCAGAAGGAAUGGCUUCGGAGACCUCCAAUGCUAGAGACCCAGAUGCAGCCCUGGCCUCCUAAUUGGUCCCAGACGUGGGACAGGGCUCGGGGUUCUUAGAUGUACCAGGACCUUCGACAGGCACCUUUCCUGUCCUUCUGCCCCCCACCCACCACCAUCACCUCUCCAACGUAAUACAGAGAGGAAGCACCUAGCAGCCAUGUGUGAGAAGAGCACAGAACUACAGGGACACUUCCACGACCUGCUAGCAGCUGGUCCAGCCCCAUUCUCAGUUCCUUCCUCUCUCAAGUUUUGAUCAUCUUCUCAGACCCCGAGAGACCUCAGCUGGAUUUACUCUCCCCUAGGCUCCAAAGGGGGCUUCCUGGGGAUCUCACCUAGGGAUCCCUCUGGUGCUUAGAGGCUCUGGGGAAAGGCUUGAGACAUGAUACCACGUGCCCAGAAGCCCCACCUUUCAGGACUCUGGCCCUGAUGUAGCUGUCUUUCUGAGCCACUGACUCUUGAUUCAUGGACAUAGCCUCAGUCCCAGUGGGCUCCCUACAGCCCUGCUGUUGCCAGCUCCCUAAGAUGGGUGACACCUGGUCCCAGCUGCCCUGGCCUGGGCCCCCCCACCCAGCCAUGCUGCUGGUCUCCCUCCUCUUGGCAGCCGGGGUGAUGCGCUCGGACGCUGGCACCAGCUGCCCCGUCCUUUGUACGUGCCAUAACCAGGUGGUGGACUGCAGCAGCCAGCGGCUCUUCUCCGUGCCCCCAGACCUGCCAAUGGACACCCGCAACCUCAGCCUGGCCCACAACCGCAUCGCAACCGUGCCGCCCGGCUACCUCACGUGCUACAUGGAGCUCCGGGUUCUGGAUCUGCGCAACAACUCCUUGACGGAGCUGCCGCCGGGCCUCUUCCUCCACGCCAAGCGCUUGGCCCACCUGGAUCUGAGCUACAACAACCUCAGCCAUGUGCCCGCUGAUAUGUUCCAGGAAGCCCAUGGCCUGGUGCACAUUGACCUGAGCCACAAUCCAUGGCUGCGCAGGGUGCACCCCCAGGCUUUCCAGGGCCUGGUGCAGCUCCGAGAUCUGGACCUCAGCUACGGGGGCCUGGCCUUCCUCAGCCUCGAGGCCCUUGAGGGCCUGCCGGGGCUGGUGACCCUGCAGAUCGGCGGCAACCCUUGGGUGUGCGGCUGCACCAUGGAGCCUCUGCUGAAGUGGCUGCGGAACAGGAUCCAACGCUGCACAGCAGAUUCUCAGCUGGCUGAGUGCCGGGGUCCCCCCGAAGUUGAGGGUGCCCCACUCUUCUCCCUCACUGAGGAGAGCUUCAAGGCCUGUCACCUGACUCUGACCCUGGAUGAUUACCUCUUCAUCGCAUUUGUGGGCUUCGUGGUCUCCAUUGCCUCUGUGGCCACCAACUUCCUCCUGGGCAUCACAGCCAACUGCUGCCACCGUUGGAGCAAGGCCAGUGAAGAGGAAGAGAUUUGAUGUGGGCGCCUGACGUCCCUCCAUGCAGCUGGCCCCCAGACACUGCUCAGUCUGGCUCUUGGUGCCCUGGUCACCUCUGUCAUGACCCAAACAAGGUCAGGAAACUACAUUUGUGUGAUCUUCAACUAUGGGCCAGACACUGUGGCAGAAUUGGAAAUGUCCAAUGACUCUGUCCUAAGGCUUUUACCUCUAAUGGAGGAGAGAGAUUCAAAAACUAUUCCCUUUAAGACAAUUUGUCAACACUCUCAGCACAUAGUUAUGAAAGCCCAGAGGAGCGAUCAUCAACUAUGCUUAGAAAAGUCCAAGAGGAUUACAAGAAUGGAUGCAAUUUGUGAACUGAGUCAUCAAAAACUGUCUGCUUUGUCAGGUAGACAAUGAAGGGUAGACAUGAGCAAAUGACAGAGGCCAAAAUAUGCAUGGUGUGUUGAGAACAGUGACCAAUCCUUGUGACUUAAGUGUAUAGAGCAGGUGUGGCACAGGACCAAAACUUCCCUCUGACACCCAAUCUUUCAGCUCUUGGAGUUGCCCACCACUGCCUCCAGAGGGAGAGAACACCUCUGUGCCCGUCCCCUAGGCCUCCUGCCAGGGGCUACCAAGUGAGACCACCUCCUACUGACUGCCUCCAUACUACAUCCACCAAGUGCAGCCUGCCCGUGAGGUCCAAGUACCAAACUGAAGUACCUACCCUUGUCUCCUGCUUCUCACUCAAGCUUUGGUUUCAGAAGAGGGAAGCAAGAGGUCCAGCAAUGAGGCAGCAAGAGUCUUAGCACCUUGGAACUCCUAAUCUUGUGACUGUUCUUGCCACGGUGCUCACGCCAAAGGAUCUCACCAGAAAAGUGCACUGUAGCAUGAGGGUAGCCAAGACUGAAGGAGGAGGAGGCCACCACAGUUAUGACUGUAGGAGAUUUUCUCUUUCUUCCAAGGAAUUCACUCAUUUAAGCAUCAGGGUAUGAGAGCUAUUUAUUACCAAACACUUGCCAGUGUCAGGCACUGUGAUAAGCUCUCUCCACAGACAAUUCCAUUUUAAUCCACACAUUCUUGUGAGGUAAGCAUUGCUGUUCCCAUUGUAUAGAUGAGAAAACAAAGGCUCAAAGAGAGUUUAAAUGUAGUGACAUGUUGCUUAACAAGCAAAAUAAAGUCUGUGCUCUUUCUACCCUAUCCAAGCUGGGGAACAUCACAGUCCCUCUAAAGUUACAUAAGUUUGAGUUCCAGUAGUGCUGAUGAGUAAGUGCUCCCAAUAACGACCAGGCACUCUUUGGGGCACUUUUAAAACUACUGACUCACCUAUUUCAAUUCUCAUAGCAACACUGCCUGGCGGUCUUUAUUAUUCCCAUUUUACAGAUGAAUUAAUUGUAGAGAGCUAGGUAUCUUACCCAAGGUUAUCUGGGUAAACUCUAGAAGGAAAGCGAUAGGCAACUCCAUUUAGGGAAACUGUGUCUAGUCAGUCCAUCAAAAAGCAAGCAACUCCAUGUGCAAAGCAGUAUUAUCAUCAUUGCUGCUGUCCUCUUCAUCCUCGUCAUCAGCCUUAUCAGCCUCCUUCCCUGUAUUUGUUCAGCACUGGACAGCUCCUAACAUGCUGUUAGCAUCAUUCUGGACUCUUCACGACCCUGUGUGGGAGGCAAACCAAACAUAAUUACUCCUAUUUUACAGGUUGGAAAAUACAGACUCAAGAGCAGGCAUGACUUGCCAAAGCAGUAAAGGUGGGACUCAACUUCAAC